GACAGAGCUCCCCCCCAAGGAGCGACUUCCAGAUGCUCCUAAGAGAUGGUGUUCAUCCCUCCUGGGGUGGUGCCGCUCUUCUCUCUAGAAAUAUGGCACAUAGUCUUAGAGUUUGUACUUGACUAACUGGAGCCCAGGUCAGGAAGCAGACAGACUGGCUAAACCGAUCGUCUGCUAGCCGCCUCACGCCACCAAAGUCAGUUAACUCUCAGCACAUAGAAACUUUUUCACCUAGAUAUCACUCUAUAGAGACUGUGUCUGUUCCCCGAACUAGAAAAUACAGAAAACAUCCAAACCAAAGUAAUAGUAACAAUUUAAUUGAUGUUCAACAAAUAAAAAAACGAUAUAAUACAGAUAAACACAUGAUAAAGCUUGGCUUAUUAAAUAUUAGAUCCCUUUCUUCAAAAGCACUUUUUGUAAAUGAUAUGUUCACUGACCAUAAACUAGAUGUGCUUUGUCUGACAGAAACCUGGCUAAAACAAGAUGAUUACAUUACUUUAAACGAGUCUACACCCCAAGAUUACUGUUACAAGCAUGAACCGCGUCCAAAAGGUAAAGGGGGAGGUGUUGCUACAAUUUAUAGAAAUAUUUUCAGUAUCUCUCAGAGGUUGGGUUUCAAGUAUAAUUCGUUCGAAGUAAUGGUGCUUCAUAUAACGUUAUCCAAAGAAACAAGUGUUAAUGAUAAAUCCCCUGUGAUGUUUGUACUGGCUACUGUAUACAGGCCACCAGGGCACCAUACAGACUUUAUUAAAGAAUUUUCUGAUCUUCUAUCGGAGUUAGUGCUGACUGCAGAUAAAGUCCUAAUCGUUGGUGAUUUUAAUAUCCAUGUUGAUAAUGAUAGAGAUUCGUUGGGAUCAGCAUUUAUAGACAUUCUAAACUCAAUUGGUGUUAAACAACACGUGUCAGGACCUACUCAUUGUCGAAAUCAUACUCUAGAUUUAAUACUGUCACAUGGAAUUGAUGUCAGUGGCGUUGAAAUUUUGCAGCAGAGCGAUGAUAUCUCAGAUCAUUAUCUAGUCUCCUGUAUAUUCCAUAUAGCUAAAGCUGUAAAGCCAACUUCUUGUUACAAAUAUGGUAGAACCAUUACCUCUACCACAAAAGACUGCUUUAUAAAUAAUCUUCCUGACUUAUCUCAGUUCCUCAGCAUAUCCAAUAGCUCAGAACAACUUGAUGAUGUAACAGGAACUAUGGACUCUCUCUUUUCUAGCACUUUAGAUGCGGUUGCUCCUUUACGCUUAAGGAAGAUUAAGGAUAAGAGUCCAACACCGUGGUAUAAUGAGCACACUCGCGCCUAAAGAGAGCAGCCCGGAAAAUGGAGCGCAGCUGGAGGAAAACUAAAUUAGAGGUAUUUCGUUUAGCU